UAAAAUGAACCUACAAAAGUGUUGUGAAGAUCUUCAACAUGAGAAAUUGGAACUUCAGCAGAAGCGCACGAUGCUGAAUAAGCUCCUGCAAGAAAUUCGCAAACUCAACCAACAUUUAAGAGCCGAAAAACAGGAGGUUUCCCGUCUGGAUAAAGACGAAUACAUUCUGCCUGAUCAUAUUAGGGGCCCUGAAGGGUCUCAGCCCCCUGCUAGCUCUCAACGUCGCAAAGAAACUCCUGCAGCAAGACUGGAUCCAUCAGUUCUGGAUGAUCCAGAGCAUAUCAAUACAAUCACACUUAAUCUCACCCAGAAGCCACUUGACAACACGUUCAAAGGUGAAGAAGAGGAGUUUGAUGAUACCGAUGAAGAACUUUGCUUUUGAUAAUGAAGUGCUGAUCUUACCAACAAUGGCUGUCCAGAAUUUAUAUUUAAUAAUACUAGUAUGUUCAUGCACAUCUGUGAUAUUUCAAGGAGAAUGUAAAAAAUUUCAAAAAUAUAAUGAUGAUCAAACACUCCUGUCAAAUUCCCUGACAUCAAAUGUCAUCUUACCGCCACAUCUGUCAGGAAGGGAUCUCCUGCCGGAAGAGAGCAAAUUCCCACAGUUUCAUCAAGAAUGUUCAAAUGAGCCUGUACCUCCAAUACAUGGACCGUUAAGUAUCCCUAGUUUCAAAGUUGACUUGGAUCUUCCCCCAAAGCAGCGAUGGAAAGAAGUUGUAACAGCCAAAAAAACAGAGAUGGAACUGUUCCUUCAGUUUAUCAGAAACAAUACUGAUCGAAUUUUCGGGAAGAAAGUCUUCCGAGUCGUAGAGAAGUAUUUACCAAAGUUGCUUCCAUCUUUACCACCAAUCUACCAAAAGGAAAUGAGAGGCAUUGCUGAAACAGCUGAAAUGGAAGUAGGGGAUGUUGUCUUGUUCAACAUUUUCUAUGAGUUCUUCUCUCUGUGUACGUCAGUCGUCAUGGAAGGGAAAGAUGGAACAAUGUAUCAUGGCCGAAACCUUGAUUUUACAACCUAUAUGUCGUGGGACAGGGAAAACAAAUCUUGGGUGUCCUCUCAACAUCUCCGGAAUAUGACUGUAAAAAUUGACUUCAUGAAAGAUAAAAGAGUUCUUUUCUCAUCUGUCAACUUUGCUGGUUACAUUGGCAUAUUAACCGGUGUUAAAAAAGGUCAAUUUAGUCUAUCAAUCAACGAAAGAUUCCGGGUUCUUGGUGGAUAUGUGGGCCUCUUAGAGUGGAUUAUGGGCAUUCGUAAACAGAAUUGGGUAGGAUUCCUCACGCGGCAAGUAUUGGAAGAGGCAACUUCUUAUGAAGAAGCUAUGGAAAUGCUAGAAAAACCAAAAUUGCUUGCUCCAGUGUACUUCAUCUUAUCGAGUAAUAAUUCCAAACAGGCAUCGGUUAUUACUCGCGAUCGCCGUGGCUACGACGUGUGGAAUUUUGGGUCGAGAUAUGCCAAUCAAGAUGGGGACUGGUACCUUGUUCAAACAAAUUAUGAUCACUGGAAGCCACCGCCAUUGUUCGACGACCGGGUGACACCUGUCGUUCGUUGUGCCGACAGCAUCGGGAAUAAGAACACCACAUCAACAUUGUUCCGUGUUCUCUCCACUGUACCUGUUCUCAACCAUGAAACAAUUUACACAGCCAUCAUGAAAAUCAAUACUGGUGAUUUGUACACAUGGGUACGACAUUGUCAAUGGCCAUGCUAGUAUUUUCACUCUCUCAUUUGGAAACCAUAAGACUGAACUGUAAUAGUUAUAAGUACCCUCUAUUUUUACUAAUAGUAAUUUCCAAUGUCUUUCUUCCUGUUGUUAACAAAAAUUGAGCAUGCUCAUCCUUGCCAUCUUUCUGUUUUUAAGUCUAGUCUCUUCGGAUGUAAUAUUGUAAUGAAACUGAUUUUGCAACGUAGUUAGCGAUCAUCAUGCAACCAUUUUUUAUCAGAAACUUCAUCGAUAUCACAUGUAUCAAUGGCCAAGCGAAACUAUGUUUCUCCGUUUGUGACAUUGCAGACUUCCUGUUAUAUUUUAUUUUUUCCUUCAAAAACUAGUCAACUUAAUGUCUUGUAACCUAGUAGGUUACAAGGCUACAGUAUUAAGGUAGGUUAAACCUACCUUAAUUUUUCUGUUCUGUUAGCAGAAUAUUCAGUGUAAACUUCAAGUUAUAAAGUUGGCUUGUUCCUCUCAGAAAGAGUAAAAUAGCGGACAUUUUGAAAUAUUGCAAAUGGACGUACAUGGUUUUACACUUUGGCCAUUCAUAUCGACACUGAAACUACCAAACCUUGUAUCUUGUUUGUGGUGUUUACAAAUCUUCGCUCCCAUUUCAUUUUUUUUGAAGGAGGACAAAGCAAUAUCAUUCCUUGAAGUUUUCACAGAGUUUUUUUUUUUUUGGACAGGGAAGAAAAAUCAUGGCAUUUUUCAAGAAUUGAAAUUGAGUCAUUUUCAGUUUAAAAAAUAAAGUAUGACAGAUAUUCUGCAUUGUUGCAAACCGAGAUAGGUACAAGGUCUGGUAGUUUCACUGCCAACAUUUAAGUAUGCCUGUGUGGAACGAGUGAAGGUUUCAGGCAGCCUUAUUUUUAAGGGAUUUAUUUAUAUUUUAUUUUUUAAUGAUACUAUUUCUUUGUAUCUUAGUUUCUUUUUUAAUAUUUCUCUUCCAAGUUUUGUACAAAUAAUUUACUAGGACACAUUUUAUUUCUCUUAUGAAACUCAAAUUCCUUUAAUUUCAUUUAUACUUAUUGUGUUGUAGACGUUACCAGAGUUUAAAUACAAUUUUAUGCUGCCGGAUGAA